AUGUGUGAAACCAGAAGCUUCACCUUCUGGCUCUUCCAAGUCGUCGUGCUCUUCGGCCUCCUCAUCUUCUUUCUCUGGCUAAGUCUUCACCCCAGACAACCAACCUACACCAUCGUGCAAUUCUCCAUCCCAAAUCCCAACAACACCAACACGAAUUCAACGGCAAACGAGGAUAGUCAAAGUGGCACGGUCUUGUUUGAACUCGAAAUUGAAAACCCUAAUCAAGAUUCCAAUAUUUACCAUGAUGAUACCUUCCUGACGUUUUAUUACAGUGAAGAAGCUCUUGGACAAAAAACCAUAUCUUCUUUCCACCAAAAGAAGGGCACGACAAGCCAAAUAUUCGAUCAUGUGAAUACUGAUGCACAAGUGUGGAAGAAACUACUGAAUGCAGUAUGGAAUGCAACGGCGGAGUUGAAGGUGACUGUGGUUUCUAAAAUCCGGUAUCGAAUGUGGGGGCUGACAAGUAAACAUCACGGGAUUAACUUGCAGGGUAAUUUACCAAUUGGUUCGGAUGGGAAGAUUUCGGGGAAGAAGAAGAAGAUUAAGUUGGGUCACAAUUCCAAGAAGUCGACGAAGAAGGGUACAAGAUAA